AAAAAAAAAAAAAAAAAAUGAGCACAUUAGGAGAAAACAGGAAUGGCAUGGCAACAUCGUUCACGGCGCCGACAUUUGACUCUGAUGUCAAUGACCCAUGGACGGCUGCCUCACGUCUAGAAGGAGGCAUGACUCAUGAGGAUUUGAGUACUAUCCUAUCUGGCAUGCCACUUCCAGAAAUAUAUACAACGGCUUUUGAUCUGGCUCAACCAUCAGGAGGAAAGGUCACAGUGUCGGCCGUGAACAAGAUUGUGGGCGUCAGUGGAUUACCUUCUGUAACAGUCGAUAAGAUUAUGAACAUGGUUGUUGCUCCAACUCGGUCUAGGAUCACAAAAGGCGAAUGUAGCGUAGUAUUGGCUUUAGUGGCCAUGGCGCAAAAGAAUAUGGAUUUGACCAUUGAAAACCUGACAGCUCACCGUGGAGAUUUGCCGAUCCCUCACUUGCCUGGAUUAGAAAAUAUCGAUUUUGGCAGUGUCAGUGAUCAUUCACGGAUCUACUCAACCUCAUCCACUACUCCUAAACAUCAUCCUGUUAAUGUUGGGAGUAGCAUAUCAGACCCAUGGCGAAACUCGACUUACAGAGGAAGUGGAUACCCACCACCACCUUCAUACUUAUCAGCACCCCCAUUCCCGACUUUGGAUUCACCAACAUCACCCAGUGCUACUACUGGGAGUAUUGUAGGGCCAAGUAUAGGAUCGGGAUCAGGAGCAACAGGAGGAAGUCAUGGUAUUUUAGGGGCCAGCGAAAGUUUUGAUCCAGAAGCAACACAACGAGAGAUCCAUCACUGGUUCCUGAACCUUGAUGUGAUCCAUAUCAGUUUCGCACCAGAGAAAGAAGGGAUUUUCUUGUUCAAACAUACCAACUAUAUUGUAGAAUCUAAGAAUCGUCAGACAGCUGUCAUUCGGCGGUAUAGUGAUUUUUGGUGGCUGUUGGAGGUUCUGGGCAAGCGAUUCCCAUUCAGAAUCCUGCCGAAUUUGCCGCCGAAGCGUUUAGGAGUGGCGGAUGAAGCAUUUUUGGAAAGGCGUCUGAAGGGACUCACACGAUUUAUGAAUGCACUGAUGAGACAUCCAGUGCUCAGGAAAGAUCCAUUGGUCAUAUCAUUUUUAACAGAACCCGUGGAAUUGGCCCUUUGGAGAAAGAAUGUUGUGAUUUCGACAGAGGAUGAAUUCACGACACAGUUACCUAUACAUCCUAGCCUCGCCAAACAGGUGCCUGCGGAUCUAGAGUUGCAGUUGGAGAAUAUCAAGAGACGGUUACCGGCGGCUAUUGACUAUUAUCGCACUAUGGUCCAUGUUAUCGAUCGUGUCCAGAAACGGACAGAAGCUUCUGCAGCAGAUUAUAUGCGCUUCAGCUCAGCACUCAAUGGUUUAGCAGAAUGUGACAAACAAUGCCAUGUAGAGGACUGUUAUAAUUGUGGACAGUUAAGUCAAGGUUACAGUAAGAUAGGGUCAACUAUCGGUCAGACAUCCAAUGUACUAGACGACCAGGCCAAGACACUUCAACGGGGGAUGGUUGAAGACCUAAAGCGUCAGCGAGAUUUGUUGGUCUCGCUCAAGGAAUUGUUACAGAGAAGAGAACGAUCAAAAGAAGCAGGAACAAUCGAAUCUCUACAGAAACGUAUAGCAGCAAAUGAGGCCAAAUUGAAAGCGUUGCAAGCUCCCAUCAAUCCUACAGCAGUUGCAAAUGGAGAGAGCGCUGGUGAAACAAGAGGACAUGGAGAAUCAGGAGUGAAUGAUGCACAGAUCGAGAGGUUGAAUGCUAAUCUUUACACAGAUCGUGCGGAGCUGGAAAUACAGAACCAAAGGGCUGUGUUGCUACAGCACACAUUGUGGAUGGAGCUCACAUAUUUCCACAAGAACCACGCAUUGAUUGCAACCAUGUAUCAAGCCUUUGUGAAUGAGCAGAUAAAGACUAAUCAGAGUCUGACUGAUACCUGGAAGUCAUUAUCCCCUAUUGUUCACGAUCUUCCCAUGGAAGUUAAUGGUUUCAAUUAAGACUCUCCAUGACAUGGGUAGUAUAACAAAAGUAGCAAAUAAAUAAAGCGAUAAAAAACGAU